UGAUCUGAAUGAACUUUCAGCUUCACUUUAGAUGAAGUCUGAGGCUGCAGAGGUGCCACUGGCGACUUUUGGACUGUCACAGUGGAUAUAGACCCACAGAUAACCUCUGGAGUGUCUGUGAAACAUAUGCAGUGAUUUUGUUUUUACUUCAUACAUAUUCAGAGACGCUCAGUCCCAUUCAAUGAUGUCUGAAGCGUGCUAACGUGCCUCCGAGACUGCUGUUUAUCUGCAGAGCUCAUCUGGCCCCUGCUCAAGAGCUCCUGCCAAGGUCCUCCUACCUGUAAAACGUGCUGAAAUCGAAGAGGAGUUUUGUGAGUGAAAAUGGCGCCGGCCGUCGGUGGUCCUGUCGGCUACACCCCACCUGAGGGUGGCUGGGGAUGGAUGGUGGUAUCUGGGGCCUUCAUCUCUAUCGGCUUCUCCUACGCCUUCCCCAAGUCCAUCACUGUCUUCUUUAAAGAGAUCGAGGCAAUCUUCGACGUGACCAGCAGCCAGGUGUCCUGGAUCUCCUCCAUCAUGUUAGCAUGCAUGUACGGCGGAGGUCCCAUCAGCAGCAUCCUGGUUAAUAAAUAUGGAAGUCGUCCUGUUAUGAUUGCAGGAGGUUGCCUGUCUGGAUCGGGACUCAUUGCUGCCUCUUUCUGCAAUUCUGUUCAAGCUCUGUACUUCUGUAUCGGUGUGGUGGGAGGUUUGGGACUGGCCUUCAACCUCAACCCUGCCCUCACUAUGAUUGGAAAGUACUUCUUCAAAAAGCGGCCCAUUGCUAAUGGAAUAGCCAUGGCUGGCAGCCCUGUCUUUCUCUCCACCAUGGCUCCUAUAAACACCUGGCUUUUUGAAAAGUUUGGCUGGAGAGGAAGUUUCCUGAUCCUGGGCGGCCUCCUCUUCAAUUGCUGUGUGGCCGGUUCCCUCAUGCGGCCUAUCGGACCCAAACCCAAACCUGUAGAGAAGACGACGGAGAGGCGGACUUGCUCUGGGAUCAUGAAUAGCUUCAUCGACCUCUCUUUGUUCAAGCACCGUGGCUUUGUGCUCUACAUUACUGGCAAUAUUGUCAUGUUUUUUGGUCUCUUUGCACCUCUAGUGUUCCUUAGUAAUUAUGCAAAGAGUAAAGACAUCCCUAAAGAGAAGGCAGCUUUCUUACUGUCCGUGUUGGCGUUUGUGGACAUGGUCGCUCGGCCCUCAAUGGGCAUUGUGGCUAACACCAAGUGGGUCCGGCCCAGAAUACAGUACUUCUUUGCUGCCUCUGUACUGUACAACGGUGUUUGUCACGUGCUAGCACCAAUAUCAGUAGACUACAAAGGCUUUGUGAUUUAUGCCAUUUUCUUUGGGUUUGCUUUUGGCUGGCUGAGCUCUGUGCUGUUUGAGACCUUGAUGGACCUGGUGGGAGCCCAGCGCUUCUCCAGUGCUGUUGGGCUGGUCACCAUCAUAGAGUGUGGUCCUGUAUUGUUAGGACCCCCUUUGCUUGGGAGGUUCAAAGACAUCUAUCAUGACUACAGGUACACGUACCAGGGCUGCGGGAUCCUCCUCAUCGUCUCUAGUUUCAUUCUGUUUGCCGGGAUGGGACUCAACUAUCGACUGCUGGACAAAGAGAAGAAAGAAGAGGAGAGGAUGGCCAGGGUGGGAGGUAGAGAACAAAGGUCCAACAGGGACAAUGCGGCCAAGGAGGUGGCAGAGGCUAGAAACACAGAAGACUCUGUGUAAUGUUCUGCACCAGGUUUUGUUACGUUUCUGUUCAAUUUAAUCUCGUCUGUGAGGCGUAUGAAAGACAGAUGAUUGAGUGAAACAGGACAGCGGAUAAACGUUCUUUUAAGCCCUCUUCUGUUUCAUAAUGAAUUGUUUUUGAAGAAAUUAUAACCUCACUUGCAAUUCAGUGUAAAAUAUUUACACACGUAUAUAUUAAAGCCCUUUAAACUAUAAUGAACAAUCCACAUAAAAUACCUCCAAUAUUCUUUUAGAGACCACUAUAUGUGUUUGCUAGACAAUUCAAGUCUGCUCAGCCUGUUAUUUCACAUAUUGUUGGUAUAUUAUGGAUUUUUUUUUUUCAAUCUCCGAUGGUAUCACUAUAUUUUCUCUAGAUAUUCUAACCUUCUUAAAUGUACCAUCAAAUAAUUAAAGGUAUUUUUCAAUAGGGAACAUUCAAAGUGCAGUGCUCAAUUUGUUUUUAAAAAGCAAACAUUCCCUAUGAAAGUGCAUAAUUGUAGUAUUUAUCUCACUUUGCUUGCCACACCAAACACAUUUAUAAAGACUUUUUUUCUGUUUACAAGGACCUGCCAGCUCUGUGCAGUUUUGGAAAGUUUGAAAACAUCCUUGGUGCCACUAUCACUAUAUAUAUAUUCACACAUGUAUUAAUGUUAAUUAUAUGUUUUUCCUUUAAGCAUGUUUUGCUUGGUCUAUGUUUGAUGACGGAUAAUGGGAAUGAUCAACAAUUCUGAGGGCAUUAAACCUCGUUGCAUAGCUUUCUGUAUUCAUUCGACUGGAAAAUGUGCCACUGACUGCAAGUUACUGUAUAUUGAACACAUGUCAGAAAAUCUAAUAAACUGUCAUUUGACAAGAAUA